GUGAUGUUCUCAUUUUCCACUUUCUCCGCUUGUUGCCACCGAAACUGCUCCCACAACAACAAAGUCACUGCAUUCAUUGAAAAUCUUUGAACGCUUCAAUAGUUUCUGUCUUCAUUCCUUUCUUUUAGUUUGAAUAAAUAGACAUGCCAGAGACUGAGGUAAAAGCAACUAUCAGCAAGUCAACUGGUUUGCCACGAAAGCGCUUCUACCGAGCACGAGCACACAGCAAUCCACUGAGUGACUCUCACUUCCCUGUGCCAAUAUCCCCCAGUCAGUUUGACUAUUCCCUCCAUUACCCUCAGAUCUUUCCAUCGUCUGAUCAAGCCGAUGGUUCUAGAAAGAUCCAGUUUGCUGAUAUUGGCUGUGGUUUUGGAGGGCUGCUCAUUAGUCUUUCAACACUUUUCCCAGAAACACUGAUGAUUGGAAUGGAGCUUAGAGAUAAAGUGACUGAGUAUGUCAAGGAACGGAUUCUAUCUCUAAGGGUAGCAAAUCCAGGUCAAUACCAAAAUGUUUCUGUGGUGCGGACUAACUCAAUGAAGUACAUUCCCAAUUAUUUUGAGAAAGCACAGCUCACAAAGAUGUUUUUCUUGUUUCCUGAUCCUCAUUUUAAAGAGAAGAAUCACCGCCGAAGGGUUAUCAGCCCAUUCUUGCUAGAUGAAUAUGCUUAUGUUCUUAAGGCUGGUGGAAUUAUAUACACAAUUACAGAUGUUGAAGAGCUUGGGGACUGGAUGAAAUCUUGUCUGGAGAAUCACCCCAUGUUUGAAGCCUUGACUGAGAAAGAACUUGAAGCAGAUCCAGUUGUGAAGCUUUUGAGUUCUGCAACUGAAGAAGGUCAAAAAGUUGCAAGAAAUGGGGGGCAAACCUUCCAGGCCGUAUUCAGGCGCAUUGUGCCAUCUGAUCAAACUUCAUAAACUUUGGCUGCACAAUCUUUUGGUGGAAUUUGGAAAGUAAAAAAUAGUCGCUAAGUGAUAGGAAUUAGAUUGGUUUGGCUCCUUUAUAGGUAAACGGUUAGCUACAAAAGGGUUAUAUGGCCUUUAGUAUCUUCAAUUUGUUGUAUGUUUAUUUUUCAUGUUGAUCUGAACACAUUCACCAUUGUUAGGAAAAUUAUGAGUUUCUUUCAGGAUUCAACCAGCUCUAUUUCAUCAGUAACAGUUUU